UCAACAUUUCGACAAAAUCCUAGGCAAAGUAGAACAAUGAUUAGCGGCAUACACGUCGCCUUAAAAAAUGCUAUCGACGUGAUAGCACCACCGGCCACGCCGUUGCAAGACUUCACCUAUCACUGGAAGCAGCUUAUGAACUUUUAUGUCAAUCACAUGAACGAUUGUAAAGUUCCUAUACAAUCGACCGGUAUACCAAGACAUCUCGAAAGAUUACUUGAGAUUUUAUUAGAAGAAGAAAAAGAUGGUAACGAUCCUGGACCAUGUUUGGAAUAUUUAUUGCAGCACAAACUUUUGGAUCUGUUAGCUUCGUUAGCUACGGCCGAGACUCCACCUGGUAUGAGAGUGGUCUGUCUUUCAUUUCUAAGAAAAUUACUUAGUCGAUCGAAGUAUCCUUUGCUACAUCACACUUCGAUUUAUUCGCCAAUACAACGUCUGAUCGCUCUUUGCAAUGGAAAUUCACCGUCUCCGAUCGAAACCGAAGAGAUUCAAUUUCUCUUGACGUUAUGUUUUUUAGUAUGCAAAUAUCCGCACGUGACGAAUAUAAUAAACGAUGUACCGAUGUUACACAAACCAAGUAGCUCGAAUCGUUCGAGCUCGGAGAGAUUGGAAGUCGAGAAGGUUACUUAUGUUCCUAAUAGAAAAAAGAAUAAUUCUAAUCCUCUUUUUGAACCUUUAAAAACUCAGGCAAUAGCUCUGGUAAAUCCGAAUCUUUUGAAUUCUGAAAAUAAUAGAAGAAAGUCAUUGUGUUCUAAUCUUAACUGUAUCAAGAUUGACCUACCACUUAACUCUUCCACACGCUCGAAUGCAUCUACUUCUUCCAAGGAUACGGAAAAUAUAUCCCAAUCUUCGAGCCCACUAACACAAAAUGUUUACUGUGAUUCGUCCUCGAUUAUGAACCUGUCAGAUGAUACACAAAAUAAUUCAAAUAUUACGGAUAAGCUUAAAGAAGAAAUCGACAAUUCCGUAACCGAGAUAGAAACAUGUUUGCAGAAUACGAAAGACUUGAGACUUACCGAAGAUUGCAAUACAUGUGACAAGACAAAUAAUCCAGUUGAGAACAAUUGCGGCCAAAGUCUUUUGAUACCUUCGCGAAUACCAGUGAAGUCAAAGUGCCUUCUAUUGGAAGCCCUUAUGAGCUACGUGAACAGUGCUGACAACACGGUUAGGGUGAGAGCUUGUGAAGGAAUCAUGGUCUUAGCCUCGCUCGAAGACCCCACAUUCGCUCAAAUGGUAGCACAAAGUGAUUUAUCGUCAAUUAUAACUAAUCGUUUGAAAAAUCUUUUCAAUGCCGUACCAGCUCACGUAGAUCCAAAUGAAAUCGAUGUUAUUGAAGUAACGUGGGGUUUAGAUUCGCCAUUAUGGACGAAAGAAAAAAAAUUUCCCGGUUGUCGACAAGUAGCAGCUUUCUACAUGUGGUUUGAUUAUUGUAAUCAACUUAUAAGAGAAGCAUCUACGGAUGUAGCUAAUGUAUUGGCAAAGCACAUUAGGAUAAAUUUCUUCGAAAAGAUAGUAACACCUGCGUUAGCCGAUCAUCAAGUUAUUCUAGUAACAGCACUUGUUACAAAAUGUUGGAAAGAGCUUGCAUCUUCUACGUUAUGUACAGAGAUAAGCUACUGGCUUGUCGGGCAUAAUAGGCAUCCAGAAAUUCCGAACGUUUAUACGUCUCCAGUUUUGUAUAGAUUAAUAAAUAAUUGUUACACGGAUAGCGACGAAUUGACAGUUGAAACGUUAAAAUUGUUCGAAGAAGUAAUAGAUAAAAGAAACGAGCAUACCCUACAUUGUCUCGCAUUAAUGUAUUUGACAAGUCGAGGGUAUUACGAUAAUACAGCAGCAGAUAGUGCCAUCACAUCCUGGAGCGAUGAAGAAGAUGAAAGAGAAAGAGAAAAAAAAAGUACAUUAGAUCUUUCCUAUGAGCAAAGUCACAGUAGAACAUUAGCUCCUAGUAAUAUACAUAGGAUUGUCAAUUGCUUCUUAUCUCUGGUGCCACGCUAUCUUCAAACCGAUCCUGAUAUCAAUAGUUACGAAAGAUGCAUGGUUGUUCUGGAAAAACAAUAUUCUACUGUAUUAAGGGAUUGUUUUUUAAUGGCAUGGCCUUUGGAAGCAGUAACGCAUGAUGACUCUGCUAGUUCUGAUUCCAGACCAGAAGCUGAUCAUGGUGCUACACGAUUUUACAUGGGACCUUUUUUAACUAUGCUCUUCGAUAAAGUUUGCAAUAUGUCUAAACAAAGAUAUGAAAUUAACUUGCAACUUACGGUCGUAAUUUCUAGAUUAACGCUCUUACCGCAUCCAUACCUGCAUGAAUUCUUAUUAAAUCCUCUUUUACCAUUAGUGCCUGGCACAAAAAGUUUAUUUACUUGUCUCCAGAAAGUAGUCAAGCAGUUAAUUAACGAGAUACCAAAGACCACCGAAUCUAAACAAACAUUAAAAGAAACAAGAGAGAGAUUAUUGGACUACUGUAUUCAUGACGUGGAAAAGGAAAAUACGUUGCUGGAAAGCGUUGUUAUUACAGAAGAAUUUUGUAAGGGACUCGCUGCAAUAGCUUAUGUCAAAUAUCAUCAUUCUAUGUGAUACCUAAUAUAAAAUGAACAAAUUUUAGUCAUUAUUGAGUUACCGUUGAAUGUAUUAUUAUUGUUAUUGUAUUAUUUUAAUU